AUGUCGACGUCCGCAACUUGUCCUCAUGCUCACGAUAUAUCUGGCUUGAGAGAACCAAAAUUAAGCCAAUCAGUUCAUAGGGAAGAAUGCACGCAAUGUUUUGAUAAUCAGGAUGGCCCCGCGGGCAUCGACGUUUGCUUGGUGUGCUUUAAUGGAUCAUGUCUUGACUCAGAUCGUCAUCAUACGCGUAACCAUGUCCUCCGAUCAGGACACUCAUUCACUCUGAAUAUCAAGCGCACCCCAAAGAAGAAGGCUUCGAAUCGCGCUGAUGGAGAGGAGCCACCGGCUAAAAUGAAAAGGCUUGCCAUUAAUGAGGAGCGCGAAGAAGACAAAUACGAACAUACCACUGUGUUCAAGUGUUGGAAGUGUGAUCUGCAAGGCGGGAAAGAAAUAGCGAUUGAUACAAAGCGUCUAACUGAUGGUGUCAUGCUAUCGCUUUCAUCGGCACGUCAAUCUGAAGUCAAAGCUUGGGAAGAGGAGAUCACAGCUUGCGAGCACACACUUUGCUUGGAGCAGCUCCAGAGUGGGGCUAUACCCCAAGAAGGUCUGGCGCAUUGCGCCUCUUGCGAGCUUACCUCAAAUCUCUGGCUUUGCCUUGCUUGUGGUGCUCUUGGAUGCGGUCGUGCCCAAUUUGGUGGCACGGGCGGCAACGGCCAUGCACUAGCACAUUUUAAUACGACCCAGCAUCCCGUAUGCGUAAAGCUCGGAACUAUUACGCCUGAGGGCGGUGCUGAUGUAUACUGCUAUGCAUGUAAUGACGCCCGCAUUGAUCCAGAGCUCGCAACCCACCUCGGUACCUUUGGUAUCAAUGUCGCGGUACAGAAGAAGACCGAGAAGAGUAUGACUGAACUUCAAAUCGAGCAAAACCUCCUGUUUGACUUCUCCCUUACGGCCGAGGACGGUUCUGCACUUCAACCGAUCUUUGGUGCUGGUGCUACAGGUCUUAGCAACCUCGGGAACAGGCAUACACUGUUUUCACUCCCUCUUUUCCAAAUCCGUUAUUAUGGUAAAAGACCUUGUGGCACAAGUUCCGCCUAUGUCUCUCCGACAGCAGCUGCUCACUGGGAGAAUUGCACUCAUGCCCUCCCUGCGGAUUGCCUGGAAUGUCAAAUGUACAAGCUCGCUGACGGCUUGCUCAGCGGACGAUACUCUAAGCCUCACACAGAUCAUGAACAGGCUCCGACUGACGCUCUCGCACAUCCAACACCUGAACAUUCUCCUUGGCAGGCGGGCCUGAAGCCAGCAGGAUUCAAGGCUCUCGUCGGUAAAGGCCACGCUGAGUUCUCAACCAUGCGCCAGCAGGAUGCGGAAGAAUUCUUUAGUCACCUGUUGACAGUACUUAGACGAUUCAACCACCAAAAUAUUCGCGGCGUAUCAGAAUCCGAACCGACCGAAACGUUUGCCUUUGGCCUCGAACAACGUCUCCAGUGCCAGUCCUGCCACAGGGUCAGGUAUCGCAUAGACACGAUGGAUACCCUUAGCCUUGGUGUACCCGCUCACGAACUCGCUGAUGGCGAAGCGGAUACGGGAGCGGCAACUGUCGGUACACCAGACGAAAGUGGUCCUGGAAAGAAGCGGUACCGCUCCGUUUCUUUGGAGCAGUGCUUGAACCUAUUCCUCGGACCGAGUGGACAAGAGGCUCUGGAGUACCAGUGUGAAGGAGGCUGCGGAAAAGUGAAUUGCCGUCAGAUGCAGUUUGCUACUUUCCCUGACGUUCUGGUGCUGCAUGCAAAGAAGUUCCAGCUUGUGAACUGGGUCCCAACGAAGCUAGACAUACCUGUGAUCCUUCCAGAGAAUGAUGAGCUUAAUCUUGAUAACUACCUUGGACAUGGACUUCAGUCUGGCGAAGUGGAGUUACCAGAUAGUUCUAACACUUCAGCUCCUUCGCAGCCCGAAGUUGACGCCGAAGCGCUCUCUCAGCUUGAGGCUAUGGGCUUCCCGACCGUCAGUUGUCGGAACGCUCUGAUUUCAACUGGCAACGCUGGGGCUGAAGUCGCGAUGGAAUGGUUAAUCAUGCACAUGGAGGACCCAGACAUCAACGUACCCAUUCAAACAGCAGGAUCGGGACAUGGUAAUGCACCAGAACCACCCGCAGAGCAGGUAGCGAUGCUUGCUGACAUGGGCUUCACAAAUGCGCAAGCAAAGAAGGCGUUGAGGGAGACCACAACUCACCCGCUACCCUCAUCAUCAGAAACUAAAAAAGUACCACCUGGUUCAUCGCGUUUACCUGCUCGAUACAGGCUGAAGGCCUUCAUAUCGCACAAAGGUCCCAGUGUUCAUUCUGGUCAUUAUGUCGCACAUAUUCGUAUGCCGAGAGGCGAUGCGAUGGAUGUAGAUGAUGCUGUCGGAGAUUGGGUGCUUUUCAACGAUGAGAAGGUUGUGCGAGCGGAUGAAACGAGCGUCAGGGAUCUGAAGAAAUUGGCGUAUAUGUAUGUUUUUGAGAGGGAGUGAAAGAAGAAGAAACCAGUGAAAGUUAAGGGUAUUAACUGGCAGCGGUGUAGCACAGGAAACGAUACAAAUGACUGGGCAUUCUGCAGGCAAAACGAGGAUGUCAUCUGAAUUUUCGUUGUGGUGUUUAUUUGAUGUUACAAGUUAGAUUUGAAGGAGAUGUGAGCAAUCAGGUCUAGACAGGCCGUACAUAGAAGAAAGUUUUUUAUAUGUCAUGGACAAGAUCAAUUCUGGAAACCACGUCUGUCCACGUCCUCUGCUGCUACCAGGGCUCAUCAUCUGAGUCUUGUUCCGUUCCAUCCUCCUCUUCAUCUUGAUCACUGUCUUCUUCGAUCUCCUCGAUGUUGCUGUACCCAGAAGAUGCUAUAUGCAAUCGGCACAAAGACAUGCUCUGAAUGUGGAGGUACGUACUAU